AUGUGCAGACUCAUCAAAAUCGGCGACUCUGCGUUCAGCAACUGCAAACAGCUGAAAUGCGCAAAUUUGCCACAAACAGUCACCUCUCUUGGCAGAAAGUGCUUCUCGUGUUGCGACACGUUGAGUGCAGUCACACUGCCAUCACUCAUCACCGAACUCAAACAAGAAACUUUCAACGAGUGCAUAUCACUUCAACACAUUGUCGUGCCACAAAGUGUCAAUGCUAUUUGGGCAUCGUGUUUCUUCAACUGCAAGGCACUGUGUGACGUCACACUCCCUCACAAAGCUAUCUACCUGGCCGAUAAGUGCUUUGUCGGGUGUCAACAUCUCACUUGUGUUGUCAUCCACAAAGACACAAAACCAUUCGACGACUCAUACUACAACACAAAUUACACAACUGUCGUCAGAUUGGACACACUCGCUAUGCUCACAGCUCACAACAACAAAUAA